AUGCAGCCUCUGUUCUCAUGCACACAGCCCGGACCGGACGCAGGUUUCUGUGUCGAUUUCGUGCAGCCGGAACAAGGCGGAGCAUUCUUGGUGGCAAAAAGAGCAAGAGCCGCAUGGGGAACCGGAUCUGUCAUUGGACUCUACUGGCGAGGUCUUGUGGUCUGUGGGAAGAUAUGCAUCUCAGACCGGGGAAGAGUUGACGUGCUGCAUUUCACCUGCGUUGACAAGGCCGGCCAACAUGCUUUUCUUGUCUCCCGCAUCGUCUGUGCUUUCAUGUCCAUACUUCCGAGACUGGUACCGUACAGGCUCUGCCAAUACUUAUGCUGCGGCCAGAUUAUCCGUCGGAAACCACAGUAG